AUGGAUUGCUCUCCAACUUUUUGUGUUCCUGGUUUUUGGAACCUCUUUACCGUCUUCCGUAUCCGCUCCUCUCGCCGCCGCCGCCGCCGCCUCCACAGCCUGGGCCUCGCCGCGAUGCCGGAGAAGAGGCCCUUCGAGCGGCUGCCCGCCGACGUCUCCCCCAUCAACUACAGCCUCUGCCUCAAGCCCGACCUGCUGGACUUCACCUUCGAGGGCAAGCUGGAGGCCGCCGCCCAGGUGAGGCAGGCAACCAAUCAGAUUGUGAUGAAUUGUGCUGAUAUUGACAUUAUUACAGCUUCAUAUGUACCAGAGGGAGAUGAAGAAAUACAUGCUACAGGAUUUAACUAUCAGAAUGAAGAUGAAAAAGUCACCUUGUCUUUUCCUAGUACUCUCCAACCAGGUACAGGAACCUUAAAGAUAGAUUUUGUUGGAGAACUGAAUGACAAAAUGAAAGGUUUCUAUAGAAGUAAAUAUACUACCCCUUCUGGAGAGGUACGCUAUGCUGCUGUCACACAGUUUGAGGCUACUGAUGCUCGGAGGGCUUUUCCUUGCUGGGAUGAGCCUGCCAUCAAAGCCACUUUUGAUAUCUCAUUGGUUGUUCCUAAAGACAGAGUAGCUUUAUCAAACAUGAAUGUAAUUGAUCGGAAACCAUACCCUGAUGAUGAAAAUGUAGUGGAAGUGAAGUUUGCCCGCACACCUGUCAUGUCAACGUAUCUGGUGGCAUUUGUUGUGGGUGAAUAUGACUUUGUAGAAACAAGGUCAAAAGAUGGUGUGUGUGUCCGUGUUUACACCCCUGUUGGCAAAGCAGAGCAAGGAAAAUUUGCGUUAGAGGUUGCUGCUAAAACCCUGCCUUUUUAUAAGGACUACUUCAAUGUUCCUUAUCCUCUACCUAAAAUUGAUCUCAUUGCUAUUGCAGACUUUGCAGCUGGUGCCAUGGAGAACUGGGGCCUUGUUACUUAUAGGGAGACUGCAUUGCUUAUUGAUUCAAAAAAUUCCUGUUCUUCAUCACGCCAGUGGGUUGCUCUGGUUGUGGGACAUGAACUCGCCCAUCAAUGGUUUGGAAAUCUUGUUACUAUGGAAUGGUGGACACAUCUAUGGUUAAAUGAAGGCUUUGCAUCCUGGAUUGAAUAUCUGUGUGUAGACCACUGCUUCCCAGAGUAUGAUAUCUGGACUCAGUUUGUUUCUGCUGACUAUACACGUGCACAGGAGCUUGAUGCCUUAGAUAACAGCCAUCCUAUUGAAGUCAGUGUGGGCCAUCCUUCUGAAGUUGAUGAGAUAUUUGAUGCUAUAUCAUAUAGCAAAGGUGCAUCUGUCAUCCGAAUGCUGCAUGACUACAUUGGGGAUACGGACUUUAAGAAAGGAAUGAACAUGUAUUUAACCAAGUUCCAGCAAAAGAAUGCUGCCACAGAGGACCUUUGGGAAUGUUUAGAAGGUGCUAGUGGUAAACCUAUAGCAGCGGUGAUGAAUACUUGGACCAAACAAAUGGGAUUUCCCCUCAUUUAUGUGGAAGCAGAACAGGUAGAAAAUGACCGAUUACUGAAGCUGUCCCAAAGGAAAUUCUGUGCCAGUGGACCAUAUGUUGGAGAAGACUGUCCCCAGUGGAUGGUUCCUAUCACAAUCUCUACUAGUGAAGAUCCCAACCAUGCCAAACUGAAAAUUCUAAUGGACAAGCCAGAGAUGAAUGUGGUUUUGAAGGAUGUUAAACCAGACCAAUGGGUAAAGUUAAACCUGGGAACCGUUGGAUUUUAUCGGACCCAGUACAGCUCGGCCAUGCUGGAAAGUUUAUUACCAGGCAUUCGUGACCUUUCUCUGCCCCCUGUGGACCGACUUGGAUUACAGAAUGACCUCUUCUCCUUGGCUCGAGCUGGAAUCAUUAGCACUGUAGAGGUUCUAAAAGUCAUGGAGGCUUUUGUGAAUGAGCCCAAUUAUACUGUAUGGAGCGACCUGAGCUGUAACCUGGGGAUUCUCUCAACUCUCUUGUCCCACACAGACUUCUAUGAGGAAAUCCAGGAGUUUGUGAAAGAUGUCUUUUCACCCAUAGGGGAGAGACUGGGCUGGGACCCCAAACCUGGAGAAGGUCAUCUGGAUGCACUCCUGAGGGGCUUGGUCCUGGGCAAACUAGGAAAAGCAGGACAUAAGGCAACGUUAGAAGAAGCUCGUCGUCGGUUUAAGGACCAUGUGGAAGGGAAACAGAUUCUCUCCGCUGAUCUGAGGAGUCCUGUCUAUCUAACUGUUUUGAAGCAUGGUGAUGGCACUACCUUAGACAUUAUGAUAAAGCUUCACAAGCAAGCAGAUAUGCAGGAAGAGAAAAACCGAAUUGAAAGAGUCCUUGGGGCUACUCUUUCACCUGAAUUGAUUCAAAAAGUCCUCACGUUUGCACUUUCAGAAGAGGUACGUCCACAGGAUACUGUAUCAGUAAUUGGUGGAGUGGCUGGAGGCAGCAAACAUGGAAGAAAAGCUGCUUGGAAAUUUAUAAAGGACAACUGGGAAGAACUAUAUAAUCGAUACCAGGGAGGAUUCUUAAUAUCCAGACUAAUAAAGCUAUCAGUUGAGGGAUUUGCAGUUGAUAAAAUGGCUGGAGAAGUUAAGGCUUUCUUCGAGAGUCACCCCGCUCCUUCAGCUGAGCGAACCAUCCAGCAGUGUUGUGAGAAUAUCCUGCUGAACGCCGCGUGGCUCAAGCGGGACGCGGAGAGCAUCCACCAGCACCUCCUCCAGCGGAAGGCCUCCCCGCCCGCAGUGUGA